AUGGUGUCCGAAAAUCCUGAAAUGAUAAAAAAAGUUGAUGAACUUGGUUGGACUCCCUUACACUAUGCAGCAUUCAGUGGGAAUGUUGAAGCAAUUGGAUUGCUGAUACAACGCGACAGUUCUGCGGCUUACAUCUUAGACAGAUAUUCCACAUAUGCUCUUCAUGUUGCAGCGUACGCAGGCUGUGUAAAAGUAAUUAAAGAGUUGAUUCGAUUGCGGCCUGCUACUUGUGAUCUGCUCAACCACGAAGGCCAAACGGUUGUACAUGCUGCAGUUUUGGGUAAAAACCUGAAUGUUAUCAAGUACAUUUUGAAGACGCCUGAGCCAGCAGGACUUGUAAACGAAGCAGACAAUGGGGGAAAUACUCGUUUGCAUCUGGCUGCCUUUCAAGAAUAUAAGACAAUUAUGAUAGUCUUGGCAAUGGACCGCAAAGUUGACAAGACUGCAACAAAUAAUGACCACUUGAAAGCCAUUGAUAUCUUCCUUGUUGACGAUAUUGAAAUGGAAUCCUUUCAUACGUAUUGGGUCUUGUCCAUUUUCGACAGGUCUACCAGUGUGCUAACUUUCCAGCGAUAUGUGCGCCAUGACUUCAUGAAAUUGGAAUCAUCUGAGGAUGGGAAGGCUACAUCCACCACCGCGACCAAUGCGAACGAUGAAUCAGUGGAAGCUUUGUUGGAUGUCUCGAAAAGAUUUGACACAAAUCUAGUAGUUGCCAUGCUUAUUGCUACUGUCACUUUUUCAGCAGCGUUCACCAUUCCCGGGGGAUAUAAUAGCGUUCACCAUCCCCCGGGGGAUAUAACUUGA